AUGCUUAGGAAUGGGAGCAGACUUUUAGGCAGGCUAACAUCUCCUGCACACUUUCCGCGUGUGGGACGUAUGAACCUGUUUUGCAACUUGCGCAGGGACUUCACCAAUGGUCAGGACGCCGCACCCAAGAAAAAAGGACUCAAAGCAUUGAUGCAGACUUAUGGGUGGUCGGCGUUGGCAGUCUAUAUGGCUAUAUCCGCCAUCGACCUGCCACUAUGCUACUUUGGCGUACACUCUCUGGGCGAGAAGACUAUCAAAGUAUACAUGAACCGGCUAAAGAAUGUCUUUGAUUGCGGUAAGGAGGAGCACCUUCUAAUAUCCGAAAUUGAAAUCCUCCAGGAAGAAAGAGAGAGAAUAAAGCAGACGGCAUCGGGAGAAAGCAUAUGGCGGCAGCUGAUGAACAGCAACUUCUUGACCGAGUUCCUGAUCGCUUAUGGAAUACACAAGUCGCUCGUGUUCAUUCGAGUCCCAAUUACGGCUGCAGCUACACCUGCAAUAGUCAAGGCUCUACAGCAUUGGGGGUUCAACAUUGGUAAGUUAAAGAAAGUGGCCUCAAAGGCGGACAAGUAG